GUCACUUGCGGUGAUCAGCUAUAAAUCCUCCCCGAGGAGAACCACACUGUCCUUCCUGCUCCAAUUCCCAUAACAUUACAUUCAGAACUCUGCCCCCAACUUUCCAGUGCACCCUCUCCCUGCUCAGCACACAUUCCAUUUCGGUUACUUCUCUCCACAAUGCAGCCCCCAUUCCCCUCGCUGACUGCAACCUGGCACAAUGAAUCCUACCCUGCCAUCUCUCCAACACGGCCCGAGCUCAGCGCCGCGGGCAAAACGGUCAUCAUCGCCGGAGCUGGGAGUGGAAUCGGGCGCGCAACAGCGCAGUCGUUCAACCAUGCCAGCGCAGCAAGGAUCAUCCUGCUCGGACGUGACACAGCCAAGCUCGAGGAGACGCAGAGCAGCCUAUCACCAUCGAGCGCACGCACUGAAGUGCAUGCAGUCAGUGUAACUGAUGAGGAGGCUGUGGUGCAUGUUGCUGCGCAAGUUGGGCGUUGGGAUGUGCUGGUUCUCUCAGCAGGGUUCAUGUCGCGCCCUUCAGACGUGAGGCAGGCAGAUCUCACUGAGUGGUGGGGAGCCUUUGAGACGAACGUCAAGGGAUCCCUGAUCGUCGCCAAGGUCUUCCUGCCAACGGCCAAUCCCGCGCACGCGUCGAUCAUCGGGCUGACCUCCGGCGUCGUCUUCCCUCCGACGAUCCAGCCGGGUCUGUCGGCUUAUGUGGCGUCGAAGCUUGCUCUAGUCAAGGUCAUCGAGUACGUCGCGGCGGAGAAUCCGCAUGUUUUUGCUGCCGCGCUGAACCCGGGCAUGAUCAAGACGGCCAUGUUUGAUAAGCUGGGUAGUACGGAUGGUGUUCCGUUCGAUAAUGUAAAUCUCCCGGCGGAUUUUAUCCUCUGGUUAGCGAGCAGCGAGGCGUUGUUUUUGAACGGGCGGUUUGUGUACGCAAACUGGGAUGUGACUGAGCUCAAGGCUCGAGCAGACGAGAUUAAGGCAGGGAUGGCGCUUACGUCUGGUAUCAAUGGUUGGCCCUUUGCACCGGCUUAGUAGGGGUGUUUGGCCUUUAUUUUCUUGUUCACUGUAGCUGAGAUUGAUCCUGCUUGCAAUUGAAAACUCUUUGAGCCA